AUGCGCGCGUACUACUACGACAACAUCCCUGGCGACCAGCGCCUCCCUCAUGACUACGUUCCAUCGCGCCCAGUCGCGGGAGAGACACUCGAGAACAUCGGUGUGAAGUACUGGAACAUCCCCGUAGAAGGACACGAGCCCAAGGUCAACGCUCUGGCGAAGGAGCGGGGGUACAAGAACCGGGAUACAAUCAACGUGUCGAAGGAGGGUCUUGGAGAUAUCUACGAGGCGAAGAUCAAGACCUUCUUUGAAGAACAUAUGCACGAGGACGAAGAGAUUCGGUACAUCCUCUCUGGCAGUGGCUUCUUCGAUGUCCGAGAGACCCCUUCGGAUGAGUGGAUACGCAUCGCCGUCGAGUCAGGCGAUCUCCUCGUCAUCCCGGCCGGGAUCUACCAUCGUUUCACCCUCGACACAGCGAACAAUAUCAAGGCCCUCAGGCUAUUCCAGGACGAACCUAAAUGGGUCCCAUACAACCGGAGUGAACAGACGGAUGUUAACCCUCAUCGGGUUCAGUACUUGAAGGCUAUCGGGGUUGGAGCUUGA